AUGAAACUUCUGGCCUGGAAUGUGAGAGGAAUUGGACCAUCCCUCACAUUCCAAACUGCUGUCGGUUUAGUUCGUUCUAAUACACCGGAUCUCGUGUUCUUCUAUGAGACGCGAUCGAGCCGGCGUGUUGUCUCCCGUCGUAUGCGGGGUUUGGGUUUUGCUAUUUCUAAUUGUUUUUUUGUUGAUGCUGUUGAUGCAUCAGGUGGGUUAGUUGUAGCUUGGUCCCCUGAAGUUGAUGCUUCGGUGUUUUAUCAUUCGGAUUUUUGUACUUGCGUCAGAAUUAAUGAAGUGGACUUUUCUUAUAUUGUGGUUUGUGCCUACAUUAGUUGCAACAACUCGAUCAGAGCUUCCCAAUUGGCUCACCUCCAGGAGCUCUGCUCUACUUUCCAUCUUCCUUAUGUGAUUAUGGGUGAUUUCAAUACAACUCUUCAUGAAAGUGAAAAGGAUGGUGGUAACCCUUGGAAUGCUUCUCAGGCGAUUAGCCUUCGAGAUUUUAUUCACGAAUUGGGCCUCCAUGAUCCAGGUUUCCUUGGGGACCAGUUCACCUGGACUAAUAAGAGGAUGGGUGCAGCUUGUAUCCGUGAACGUCUGGAUAGGGCCCUUUGCUCCAAUCUGUGGAUGGAGCGUUUCCCGGAGACCUUGGUCAAACACUUUACUGAUCAAGGGUCUGAUCAUCGGGCAAUCCUUCUCUCCGAUAAAGCCUAUGCCAGAAAUUGCCGCCCCCUGUUUCGGUUUGAUGCUCGCUAG